AUGCGGGGCAGGGCAGAGGAGCAGAGGCCGCUGCUGGCCUACAGCUUGGGGGGCCCGGAGCCCGGCCCGGCCCCGGCCCGCCGCCUGCCCACCACCCUGGGGGUCCUGCUGCCCACCCUGCUGUCCAUGUUCAGCGUCCUGCUCUUCCUCAGGCUCGGCUUCGUCCUGGGCCAGGCCGGGCUGUGCGAAGCCCUGGGCAUGCUGACUCUGGCCUUCCUGAUCAUCGGCUUCACCGUGCUCUCCGUCUGUGCCAUCUCCACCAACGGCGCGCUCGAUGCAGGAGGCGCCUACUACAUGAUUAGCCGGGCCCUGGGCCCUGAGUUCGGGGCCAGUGUCGGGCUCUUCUUCUUCUUGGCCAACGGGGGCGGCUGCGCUCUGUACGUGCUGGGGCUGGUGGAAGCCAUCGUGGAUGUAUUUGGAAGACCCCCCGGUGGCCCGGGCACCGGGGUGCAAGUCCUGAUCCGCAGCUACUGGUACGAGCUGCUGUAUGGCUCUGUGCUGCUGCUAUUCUGCCUGCUAGUGUGCCUGCUGGGAGCCCAACUCUAUGCCCGGGCCACCCUUCUUAUCUUCCUGGUGGUGGCGGGGGCCCUGGGCACAGUCCUCGUCAGCUUCUUUGCCCGCGGACCCACCGUCGUGCCCCUCUCCGUGCCCGAAGGCAACGCUACCCUGGCGGUCAACGGAUCCUUCACCGGCUUCAAGCUUGUUACCCUAUGGGGUAACCUAUAUCCCGCUUACGGUCCGGACUACACCACGGGCCUCACUAUGAGCUUCAGCUCUGUGUUCGCCGUCCUCUUCAAUGGCUGCACGGGGAUCAUGGCUGGGGCCAACAUGUCAGGAGAGCUGAAGAACCCUGGCGUCUCCAUCCCCCGGGGGACGCUCUCGGCAGUCUUCCUCACCUUCCUCACCUACAGCCUACUUCUUCUGCUGGCCAGUUGCACCUGUGACAGAAUCCUUCUGCAGAAGGAUUACGGAUUCCUGAGGGACAUCAGCAUCUGGCCUCCUGUCAUCACGCUGGGCAUUUUCUUCUCCACCCUCUCGGCUGCAAUGAGCAACCUCAUAGGGGCCUCUCGGGUUCUGUAUGCCAUCGCCAAGGAUGAUCUCUUUGGGAAAAUUCUAGCUCCGGUCAAGAGGACAUCUUGCAGUGGCAACCCUUGGGUGUCAGUGCUGGUCAGCUGGGGCCUGGUGCAGCUGGUGCUGUUCGCUGGGAAGCUGAACACCAUCGCUGCCAUCGUCACUAUCUGCUUCCUGAUGGUCUAUGCCACUGUGGAUCUGGCCUGCCUGGCACUAAAGUGGGCAUCAGCCCCCAACUUCAGGCCCACAUUCCAGUUCUUCUCCUGGCACAGCUGUGCCCUGGGAUUGCUGGGCUGCGGAGCCAUGGUGUUUCUGGUCCAACCACUCUAUGCCGCCACCAGCCUGGGUCUCUGGCUUCUCCUUCUGCUGCUGCUGCGCCGACUCGGGGUCCCUCGAGACUGGGGUCACGUCAGCCAGGCCCUGAUCUUCCACCAGGUCCGGAAAUAUCUCCUCUUGCUAGACACCCGCAAGGACCACGUCAAGUUCUGGCGGCCACAGGUGCUACUGCUGGUGAGGAACCCCCGGGGCAGCCUGGCACUCAUCCGCUUCGUCAACCACCUCAAGAAGAGCGGACUCUACCUGUUGGGCCACGUGGAGCUGCGGGACCUGGACUUGCUACCCAGUGAUCCCCUCUUGGCCCAGGAAGACUCAUGGCUGCAACUGGUGGAGGAGCUACAGAUCAAGGCCUUCGUGGCCCUCACGUUGGCCAGCUCCGUCCGGCUGGGAGCCCAGCAGCUGCUGCUCACAUCUGGCUUGGGGGGAAUGCGGCCCAACACUCUGAUUCUGGGCUUCUCCGAUGGCAGCCUGCCCCGGGACGGGCUGUCAGGUCAUCCGCGUGAGGGAGUGGCGCCGUUCUGCUUCCCUCCGAUGCGGGGGCCGGCUGGAGGCAGAGCGGGAGCGGGGGUGUCCCCACCAUUGUGCCCCCGGGAGUACGUGGCGCUGAUCGCCGAUGCCCUGAAGCUGCGGAAGAACGUCCUUCUGGCCCGACACUUCCCGGAGCUGGGCACGAGCCGGGCCUCCCGCCAGGCGGGCAUCGACGUGUGGCCUGCGGACUGGCUGCGUCCUGGGGGUGGCUCGGAAGAUCUGGGCACCAGUGCCCUCUUCCUCUUGCAGAUGGCCUGUGUGCUCAGCAUGUCGCGGGCCUGGCGCGGGGCACCCUUGCGCCUCUUCCUCUGCGUGGAGGCCGGUCCCGGGAGGGCCUACCGGGAGAAGCAGGCCCGGGACCUGCUGCGGGGCCUUCGCAUCGGCGCCUCGGUGCACCCGGUGCCCUGGGAGGCCGCGGCCGCCCCGCCAGGACCCCACCGGGGUGCUUCGCCCGACGCCCAGCCCUGGCACGGCUACUUGGAGGCGGCCAACCGGCUGAUCCGCACGCAGAGCUCCCGGCCGGCCGUGCGCUUCCUCUACCUCCCGCCCCCGCCCCCUGGCCUGGCCUCCUACCCUACUUACCUGCAGCAGCUGGACCUGCUGACCCGUGGGCUGGGGCCCACCUUGCUGGGGCACGGGGUCAGCGAUGUCACCAGCACGGCUCUCUAGAGCCGGGCACCACUGUGCCACCACCCACCGAUCGCCCCACCCCGGGAGCCUGAGAGGCAGGACCAACUCCCUCCCUCACAACUACUACAAACUGGAGAAAAUUCACAGUGUGGCAAACACUGCCUCUUUUGGGGGGGUUUAUAUGUUUUAAGUGCUUACUAUGUGCCGAAUACUGUACU